UGAGUCGUGGAGACUGGUGGUUAGGGCGUAAACAGCAGAAUUUUUGGACAUGAGCUCGUUGGCCGUGGGAGGCCACUGUUGCGAUAGCGAUGUCAGGAUCAUCUUGGCGAAGCAGGGCGACAGUGCAUUCACUCACUGCCUCUGAGAAAUUGUCACGGUGCGUUCCAGAUGCUAAAUGCCAAACCACUGCCUCGAGACUUCACUUCGCCAUGCCAUUCAUUCGCAGCUGCGACUUUUUAGUUUCACUUUUUCAAGUUCAUUUUCAAUUGAACCAACCAUCUUUCCCUCCCAAUUCAUCAAAUCUCUCUCCAUCCAAUUCUCUUCGCGUCGUCAACAUGGCGAACAAGCGCAAGCACGACGGCGAUGAUGACGAGCGUCCAAGACCUGCCCCUGGUAUUGAUACCGAUAUUUGCAACGUCUUCGUCAACGACCAGGGCCGUGAGGAUGCUCUCACACGCCUUGCGUGGCCCAAUGGACUCGCUAUCAGAGCCAAACGAGUCAUCCUAGUCAAGUGUGAUCCACAAAUCAUCAACAGACUUGUGGACGACUGCAUGAUGCAAUCCGCGGAUACCCUCACCGUCCCAACCUCAUCUGCGCUCGUUGUUCCGCGCCUUGGACAAGAGAUGAAUACUACAGGAGAGGAAAAGGUGGAUGGUGUAAAGGAUGAAGGUGAGGUCGUUCUUGCUGACAACCUCCUUCAUGACGACGUCCUUCAAGACCCGGCUCAAGACAAUGUUCUUCCAGAGAAGAUUCUCCCAGACACCGCUCUUCCGGGUACCGCUCUCCCAGACAACGCUCAUGCAAACAAGGCUCUUCUAGCCACUGAUCUCCAAGACAACGCUCUGCCCGACGGUGUCCUUCCCAGCAACGUCCUUCAUGACAACACUCUGCCAGACAGCGUCUUUUCAGGCAACAUCCUUCACGACAAUCCGCUCCCAAACGACACCGAUGGAGACGACCCUUUCUCCAGCGUUGGAUACAAUGGAGAUGGCAUUGUCACACCCCCUUUGAAUCGCGAACUCAAUGUGAUUGCCAAUACCAACCAUGCUCACGCAAAUGACGAUGACGAUCUCGUCGUUACCAGCGAGCGUCCUGCAAAGCCCAUUGAGAUCAGCAACGAGAAAGUCACCAUCGGUGGCGACAACAGACUCCAAGCGGCCAAUAACCCUCGACCAGCAACUCGAUCUGCUGCCAAAAGCAUGCUGGAUGCUCUCAUUGCGAGUACGAACCCCAACAAGAUCAAAGUCGAAGAGUCAGGUGACGAGGAAGAAGAAGCCGUGGAUGACAACGAACUUGACGAGACGACUGAGCAGCAAGCCAAAGGGCCUUUGCCGGGUCUCGGACGGAACAGACUGCAAAAUGGGUACAAAGGUAGCUUUCACGGUGCGUACAACUUACCGGCCGACGACAUGGGGAACAUCGACUCGAUCAGUGAGGAUAUUGUAGCGAAACUCGAUGUCGGCGAUUUCUUUGGCAAGCGUGGAAAAGAGCGAUUCGACAACUCGGGCUUUACAGGCACCUUGACAUUCAACAACUCUGGCCUUGUCGUUUUGUGCCUCCACUGUGGUCGUAUGUCCAGCAGCCUCAGCAGCGUGUCAAAACAUUGGAAGCUUGUACACAAAGGUUGCGAUAGCAAGCCAAUGAAGCAGUGCUACUCGAAGCGUCUUGCAAUCCGAGUUCCCAAAUCCCAUAUCGAGACAGACAGAAGAUUCCGCUGGGAGGAAAGCGAGUGUCUGAGACGCUACAUUGCUGAAUUGAAGGGCCUUGAGGAUGAGAUGUGAAAGAUGACAGGUCUUCAUGCUCAUGGUGAUAAACUUGCCGGAGAUUCCAUCUGUCGAUGUUAUCGGACCUUGGUGAGAAGUCAACAUUUGGACGCAGUGUGCGCAUCUGCUUGGUGUGAUCGUGCGAGAAUA